AUGUUCUUAAGUUCGUCUAAUUGUAUUAGAACAUCUUACAGUACUUCAAAUAAUUACUCCAGUUCGCUCAACCUCAAUAACCACUUCAGUUCGCCUAGUAAUAGCUUAGCCAAUAACUACCUAGUAAUUGCAGUAACACCUAUAACACUUCAAACAACUACUCCAACACGUCAAUCUGAAGAGCUAAUCAAGAGAUAUCUGAAUAUUAAAAUUCUAAGAAAUAAUUCUCAUGAGUUGUUAAGGAUACCAAGUGUGGACAGACCAAUAUCACCAGAUGAAUCUAAUGCUACAGCAGCUAGAGCUGAGAUGAAAACCUGA